GAUCUAAAAAUGGGAAAAUGGAGUGCAACGGUAGUGUUAAUGAUGUUGGUGGUUGUUGCGGCGGUCACGUUGCAAGCAAAACAAAAAAAAAAAUUGGAUUAAAUUUAAAACAUUGUAGCAAUGAUGACGGUAAUUUUCUUGAAAACUGUAAAAUCAAAUGCGGUGACCCAAACCCUCCUCAUGGUCUCUCUCUCCCCCUCCAUGGAGCUGGCAUCAGUAGAAGUUCAUGGAAGGCA